AUGAUAACAUUCGCAACAUCUUAUUUCCUAGUUAGAUUGGUACAAUGCUUCUUCACCAAUGCAAUGCUGGAUGCACUACGAGAAUUUCUCUUCCGUGUGACUUGUACAUUCCCUGUUAGGAGUUUGCCUUUUGCUUGUAUAUCAAAUUCUGUGAAUAAACCUACUCCUCUCCAAUUGGACGUUUCACUACCAGCAUUGGGGGAUAUCAGAUGGAGCUUUUCAAGGUUAAUUUAUUUGUUCAACUUGCAACUUGAGAGAAAUGUUGCCGCAUUUUUCGUCGUGCUCCUUUUGUCGUGUAUGUCAUUUGUCAUCAUUGGUGGUUUCCUAUUCCACAAGUUAAGAGGUAAUGAACAAUCCCUUGAGGAAUGCUUUUGGGAGGCCUGGGCAUGUCUUUGUUCGUCAUCCACUCAUCUGAAACAAAGAACACGAAUCGAACGAGUGAUAGGAUUUAUUCUUGCAAUAUGGGGUAUUCUGUUCUACUCUCGCCUGUUGAGCACAAUGACAGAGCAAUUUAGGAAUAACAUGCAAAGGGUGAGAGAGGGCUUUCAAAUGCAAGUUUUGGAGAAUGAUCAUAUAAUUAUUUGUGGCAUCAAUAGUCAUCUGACUUUCAUACUCAAGCAGUUAAACAAGUAUCACGAGUUCGCUGUUCGCUUAGGCACUGCAACUUCCAGGAGGCAGAGAAUUCUUCUCUUAUCUGAUCUCCCGAGAAAGCAAAUAGACAAGAUAGCUGAGAACAUUGCCAAAGAUCUCAGUCAUAUUGAUGUUCUUUCAAAGAGUUGUAUCCUAAGCAUGACAAAAUCAUUUGAAAGAGCUGCAGCAAACAAAGCAAGGGCCAUUAUUAUAUUGCCCACUAAGGGAGAUAGGUAUGAAGUUGAUACAGAUGCAUUUCUUUCUGUACUUGCUCUUCAACCACUUAAGGAGAUGGCCUCUGUGCCAACUGUUGUUGAGGUGUCAAGCCCCAAUACUUGUGAUCUUUUAAAAUCAAUUUCCGGGUUGAAAGUAGCACCUGUUGAAAAUGUUGCUUCCAAACUAUUUGUUCAAUGCUCUCGGCAAAAAGGACUUAUAAAGAUAUACCGACAUCUACUUAAUUAUAGAAAAAAUGUGUUUAACCUUUGCUUCUUUUUGGAUUUGGUUGGUUUGAAGUACAGGCAAUUGAGAUGUGGAUUUCAGGAGGCUAUUGUUUGUGGCCUUUAUCGGGAUGGGAAGAUAUAUUUCCACCCAAAGGAUGAUGAAAUUAUUCGUCAAACGGACAAAGUGUUGUUUAUUGGACCUGUACUUGGAAAAAAGAAACCCAACCUUGCAAUCUCAAGUUUGCCUGAAGAUGGGACUUCCUUCCAUGAUCCUCAAACUCUUAAGAAGGAUGGCCUACUACGUAGUGACGCAUUUGAAAUUACAAGAGCUAGGCUAGAGAAAAUUGUCAAACGGACAAAAUCUGUCUCAAAGGCAUCUGACCCUUAUCCCGGUCCUAAAGAGCACAUUUUGAUGCUUGGAUGGCGCCCUGAUGUGGUUGAAAUGAUUAAAGAAUAUGAUAACUAUCUCGGGCCUGGAAGUUUAUUGGAAAUCCUGUCAGAUGUGCCAAUGGAUGACAGAGAAAGGGCUAACAAAAUCGCAGGUCAAGGAAAGCUGAAGAACGUCCAAGUGUCUCACAGGAUUGGCAACCCAAUGGACUAUGAAACUUUAAAAGACACCAUCAGAAACAUUCAGAAAUCGUCUAAGAAAAAUGAGCACGUUCCCUUUUCCAUAGUUGUUAUAUCAGAUAGAGAGUGGCUACUUGGAGAUCCAUCGAAGGCAGACAAGCAUUCGGCAUAUUCUCUACUUCUUGCUGAGUCUCUUUGUAACAGUCUUGGGGUCAAUGUACAUAAUCUAGUUGCGGAAAUUGUUGACUCAAAAUUGGGGAAACAGAUUAGCAGAAUCAAGCCAUCGCUUACUUAUAUCGCAGCAGAAGAAGUGAUGAGCCUUGUGACAGCACAGGUGGCAGAAAACUGUGAAUUGAAUGAGGUUUGGAAAGACAUCCUCAACGCGGAGGGAGAUGAAAUUUAUGUGAAGGAUAUUGGUCUUUACAUGCAAAGCGGUGAGAGCCCUUCGUUUUCAGAGCUUGCUGAAAGAGCAAACUUGAGGAGAGAAGUUGCCAUUGGCUAUGUGAAAAAUUACAAAACAGUUAUUAACCCAAUACCAAAAUCAGAGCCCUUGUCUCUUGGAUUGAAUGAUUCUCUCAUUGUGAUAUCUGAGAUGGAAGGAGAACAACCCAUUAUUGUGUAA